AUGAAACGAUAUCGAAGCUAUACGGGUAGCGGUGGAGCAACAACAACCAUGUGUUACUACGAAAUGGCCGAAAAUUCACCAAUGGUCAGGAGGACACGUCCAGCUAGGCGAAAGCGGUGUAGCAUUGUUAGUGAGAUUGAAAAUGACUAUGAACAAGAGAUACCGUUGCUGGCACGUAAUGCGGGGAAUAAAUUACGCGUAAAACCAGUGGUUAUUACAACAACUUCCAACGAAUAUGUGCCCAUUUGCCUGAGGAUACGACCAUCACAGGUUGAUCUAAUAUCCCGAAUUGCAUUCCCAACUUUCUUCAUUGUCUUUCACAUCGUCUACUGGACUGUUUAUUUGUAUUUGUGA